CGUCACUUACCAACGCAAGCACGGGCAGUCAUUCGCCGUCAGAAGAAGCAAACAGUUCAUAAGCACGAACGCGCAUCACGUUAAUUUUUUUUUUCGCUUUAUUUUUCCUUUCUGUCUGGGCCUAUUAGGCGGCCGCUUGUCAGAAUUCAGUGCUAUAGCGGAUUCAAUCGCAGGCAAAAUACUAGAGCAUUCCGCUAAGUAGAGAAAGAGAGUGUAGAUUGAUAACGGAUCAAAUGAAGUAAUUGAUUGUGGAUUUGAUGAGGAAACGGGAUCGCACUUGUCGAUCAUUCCAUAUCAAAGAGGUGAACAGACGAAUCAGAGUGAAAGAAUUUAUGAACUGUCAAACGAGUGUUGAGUGACAAAUAAAACAUAAUCGCGGGUGGAGGCAUCCGUGCAAAGGAAGCAAGAGCAAGGAAGAACGCAAGAAUAGGACAAAACAUCCAUUUCAAGUGUCGCGAAAACGAAGUCGCGUUUUGUUUUAUCGCAUUCUACUGUCGUCGUCGCCGUCGCUUCACUAGUUGUCGCCGUCAUUCACAAUUUUCGUUGACACUCCGGAUAAGUUGGGGGUUGAUCGGAAAUUAACAAGUGUCUGGUAUAGUUCAUUGGACAAGGAAUACGGAUUUUUAUGGGUGCACGACUGAAGAGCAACUCGUUCAGCGGAAGCCUACGAUAUAAAAUUCCACAAUCCAGAAUUUCGAUUGUUGAACUCGAGCCAAGGCAACAAAAAAAUACACAAGAAACAGGAGAAGAGGGCAAAGUAAUUUCAUUUUAACAAGAUUCCUGUUUCUUCGCUCUUCGUUUGUGCUGUUGUGUGUGCUUCGCCUCCACUUUUCUCCACUCCAACGAUAUACACUUGGCCGUGUGUUGAAUUCUGGUUUCUUUGGCCACCUCGCUGUGUAGUCCAUAUUCUUGAACCGAGCUUCUACUUCUGCUAACGAACAACAUCAGGCUAACGACUACGACGUCGACGGCGGCAAUUGUGCGGGUGUGUUUGUGUGUCGGGCAGCCACAGCAGCAAGCUGGAAGCGAAACCAAUACAAACGGGAAGAGCGGUGGCCACUCGUUGCGCUAACCAGCUUCCAAGAAGUUCAAGAACUCGAACGGCCACAGCCACGAGUGAAGAGUAGGAGCUUGCUGUGCUUAGCGCUCUACAAUAAAGGAGAACGCGAAAACUGGACACGAAUGAAUUUUGGUGUAAAUCGCGCGCGCUCGUUCGCUCAUGGAAAAGUAGUUAUCUGAUCGAUCUCGGGCUUUGAGUGAUUGCUUUUGAGGAUACAAGAAGGAUAAGCUCCAUACGCAACGAAUGACGGAAUGUGCUGGCAUAGGAUUAUCUUACCACCAGCCAGUAGCUACAGACAACGAAAAAAAUCUCGACACACUGCGAGGGUUGUGGUUAGCAGCAAGUGAUAAGACAAGCGGAAAAGAGUUCCGUUGAAAUUAGUGCAAUGUGAAACCUAGUUCAAAAUUGUUAUCUCAUUAUCUAGUUUCGGAAACCUAAACACAAAAUUAUAUCAGUGCCUUUUGGGGAAAAGAGAGAUAAGUCAAUGAAGUGAGCAAAAAAAUCAAAACCUGAAAUAAGUGUACAAUAGAUGAAAGCUGUUUCAAAAUGCCUCACAAUAGUUCUACCGGUGAUGAGCUCGGCAGUACAGACGAGGUUAAAGUGUUCAAACAUGAAGGCGAAGGGGAAGGUGAAGAAAAACUGACGGAAAAUCUGCUGGAAGAAAAGUCCAGCUUGAUUGAUCUGACAGAAAGUGAAGAAAAAACUGUGAAGAAUGGAACUACCCGGCAUGAUCAGAAUAACGCGUAUGCAAAACUGCCCCAUGGUCAUCCGGGGUUCAAUAUGGGAUAUUUGGUUCCACCGUAUGCAUAUCCAAAUGGUACCGCCGGCGGCUUGCCAGUUUCAAUGGCAAACAAGAUGGGGUUGCCUCCGUUCUUUUGCCACAAUGGCGAUCAUCUAUCAUCACCUCCACCGGCUCAUUGUGGCAUUCUUCCGUACCAAUUGGAUCCGAAGGCAAUGGGAUUAACAAGGCCUCCACUGUACAGUUUCCCGAGCAGUCAGUAUCCCUAUCCUAUGCUUAGUCCCGAUAUGCCUCUGGUAGCUCCAUCUUGGCAUACACCGUCGAUGUACAGUCCAGCAGCUGGGUUCCGAAAUCCAUACCCGGCAUCCUUACAGAUAUAUACGUCCCUACCAAGUGAUUUUUAUCGGUACUCUCCCAGUCUUCUACCGUCGAUGCAUUCCCAUCCGAUGCUAAACCCGCACCACGCCAUAAUCACUCCUGGCCCGAAACAGGAUAUAUCGAGCCAGGAUUCUGCGCGGUUUAGUUCCGGUCGAUCUUCGAAUCCACCGAGCAUCAAACAGGAAGGGAAUGAAGAUUCAAGCCGGUUUUCGUCCAGUCAACAUCGAUCCUCAAACAAUAGUCACCAUAAUAGUUCACAUCACGAUAGCAACAAUCACAAUAAUAACAACAAUAACAAUCAUCAUCACAGUGGCAAUCACCACAGUAGGCAGUCUCUACUAGAACGCGAAAUGGCAGCAGAGAAGAAGAAAAACCACGUCAAAAAGCCACUAAAUGCAUUCAUGCUUUACAUGAAAGAAAUGCGCGCUAAAGUUGUGGCUGAAUGUACGCUUAAAGAAUCGGCUGCCAUUAAUCAGAUACUUGGCCGGAAAUGGCACUCACUUUCGCGAGAAGAACAGAGUGUUUACUACGAUAAGGCUCGACAGGAGCGGCAAAUGCAUAUGGAACUAUACCCAGGAUGGACGGCGAGAGACAACUAUGGAUUUGGUGCCAAAAAGAAGAAGAGGAAAAAGGAUCGCAGUCCUGCGGAUCCUGGUGGUAAUAGCAUGAAGAAAUGUCGUGCAAGGUAUGGGCUGGAUCAGCAAAAUCAAUGGUGCAAACCUUGCCGGCGCAAGAAGAAGUGUAUUCGCUAUAAGGAGAUGGCUGAUAACGACGAUGGGCGAGAUCAGGGAUCGGAUGAUGCGAUUGGAAGCUGUGAAAGCAUGGAUGAUUCCAAAAGCCCUGAAGACGACAGAGAAUCUAUCAACCAGUCACUGUCAAGCCCGAGGAGUAUGAGCGUGCUUUCUAGUUUACAGUCACCUUCAACUAGUAUAGCAUCUCCUUUGAACCUGUUAGCCAGUCCAGCAACUCCUACCAGCUAUUAUCACCAUGAUCAUCUUGGAUUGGCUUCAAUGAUCGCAGCACAACAGCAGCAUCUGCAAAACAGUGCUAGUGACAAGCUUAACAACAUCAGCAGUGAUAGUGGCCUUAGCUCACAGCUUAACAAUAGUUAUAGCAACAACUUUAGUCCGUAUAGCAAUCAUCACGCAAUGCGAAACAAUGCUACCCAGAAUGUUAACAAUAGUAAUAACAAUAAUCACAGCUCGGGGAUGACGAGUCCUUCGAAUCACCUGAACGGCAGUAGCAGCAACAAAAACCAUCACAGCAGUUCCGGCAGCAACAGUCUUCCUCCGCAUCACCAGCAACCUCAUCCGCCGGCUACUGGACCUCCUCCGAACGGUAGCAGUAGUGCCGUUUCCGCCUUAUUGAUACCCCCGCAUCUUCAGCAGCUCAAUCUAUCCGGGUCGUCACCGCCAACGUCGAACCCAAGUAGUUUAUCACUGCCUCCAAACCACAUUAAGGAAGAACCGGUGAGCUUACGGAGUAGUCCUCCCAAUUUCCUAGCACUCCAGCAUCACCACGCACAAGCUGUUGCGGCUGCUGCUGCUGCGGCUGCGAUGGCCAGCUUUCAUAAGAACAACGGUGAUCUCAUCCCAUCCUCGGGCGAUCUUUCCCGAAGUUCCAGCAGUAAUACAACCAACGACAGUGGUCGAAGCACUAGCAGUAGUCAGGCAAACAGCACUAGCGAUAGGUAGCUGAUAAGUGGUUUAUCAUAAAUGGUUUUCAACAAACUCCAUGUGCCAAAAUGGUCUGUAGACGAUAUUUAUUUGUUUGACUUAGUGACGGUGAUGGGGUGAUUCUCGUUUACAAAAGUGUCAAAAUAUUAACUGUGAUCCUCGAUUCAAAGUCGCAACGAAUCAACUUCUCGUUUGUAGCACGCAGAUACAUACGCGAACAACAACAUGCGAAAUAAAAAAAAUGCUCAGAGAGAGCGCCAACCCUACUUAAUUGAUCAUUUUCGAGGCUAGUUUCGAAGCCCAUUAUUAUCGCAGUCAUUGUUUGCAUUAAACCUGAAGCACAACAACCCGUUUAACACGCGGUGGACCAUACACAGCCAGCAACCUGCAAACCAGGUGAUGAGAGAAAGAAUGAAUGAGCCAAGAACAAAAAGAAGUUAAGGAAAACCGAAGCGACGGAGAAAGAGAAUGCUUAAUUUGACACAUUGUACCCCCUCGAGACCACAGUAAGGGUACCCCAGUCACCCUUUGCACCCCACUCUGCGCCCUAUGGUGCGCGCACAGACAACAGAUAGCAAAAGAAGCAGCAAGCAGAAAGCAGCAACAGCCCCACCCGAAUCCGUUGGAGCUGACCCGGGAGAAACACAGAACGGGACGGGAUUGCCGAGUCAAGUUAAGUCGUCGUCGUCGUCACCGUCACCGUCAUCAUCGUCGCGCCUAAGUUCCGAGGCAUUUACGAAGUUAAUGGCAUUCAAAAUCGAAAAACACAGCAUCACUUAUUAAUCGUUUGUUCGUUGUUUAUGAGCAUGGUGAUGAGCGAACUGAACGGAGCAAAACCAACGAUCGUAUGCGUGAAUGAGAGGAUCGACCACGAAAUCCGAAGGAGUCAAAAAACCAGCAUGAACGAGUUUAUAACAGCGUGAACGAGAUGGAACGAGCGGGAGUCCGAGGAGAGGUUUUUUACCCUCCUCCUGUCUCCUCUUUAAUGGUUAAGUUUCUGUUUUCUUUUUAAAGAUUCUUUUUCUCCUUUCUUAAAAAAAAGUAAAAAACGAAGAAAUUAAUGUGAGUGUGUGAAACGAUCAAUCUCCUUCUUGGAAAAGAAGCAAGCAAGAAGCACACAGGGCAAGUCACUAAAGAAUGAGAAGAAGCACGAAAAAUGACCAGAAGAAUUGUUUGGAAACAAGUUUCUUUCAGGGCUAAGUGAGGGAGAUGAUGUUUUUUUUAUGUAUAUGAAUAAGCUAGGAAGAAAAUGUAAAGAAGAGUAAGAGAAAAUCAAUCAAGUGUGAUACAAAAGCAAUAAUAAUAACGAAGAGUAACAGAAAAAUAAAACA